AGCGACAAAGGACAAGCGUCCAAGGAAUAUUCCUGCACGCGAAAAGUGCAAUUUUGAUUGUUUGUAGUCUUAUUUCUUGUACUUUCAAUAAGAAAAGGGAACGUUUUUUGUUUUUGUUUGAAUUAAGUAGCUCGGCUAUAUUUGACGUUAGAAGGAAGAGGUUUUUAUUUUGGAAAAGCCCCUACGACGUGAAGAAAACGAAUCUCUGGAGUUUUCUAUAAAAUAAGUUAAGCCCAAUGUGGCUUGAUACACGGUUCUGGUUCUCUAUGAAUCUAGUCAAAUAGCUGGCAGGCCUGUCGGUGUGUCCGUUUUUCCUUCAAGUAACAAGGUGUGAACAUGAUUAACUCCGAGAAAAAACCGGCGGGAGGUGAUGCUUCUGCGAAGGAGGCCAGCGAAAAGAAGAAGGAGAGCGAGAAGAAGAAGAGGUCACGGGUGAAACAGCUGCUGGCAGAUGUGAAGAAGCAGGUGGAAUUCUGGUUUGGGGAUGUCAACCUCCACAAGGACAGGUUCCUGAAACAGCUUGUUGACCAGUCAAGGGAUGGAUAUGUAGAUAUUUCUGUGUUAACCACCUUCAAUCGAAUGAAAAAGAUGACCACUGAUGUCAAGUUGAUUGCAAGGGCCCUUAAAAAUUCAUCUGUAGUUGAGGUGAACCUAGAUGGAACAAAAAUAAGACGGCAGCAUCCAAUAGGAGAGGAGCCAAGAAAUGUGGAUGAGCGCACAGUCUAUGUGGAACUGCUGCCCAAGAAUGUGGCUCACAGUUGGAUAGAGCGGGUGUUCGGCAAGUAUGGGACUGUAGUUUACAUCAGUGUCCCACGGUACAAGUCCACUGGACAGCCCAAGGGCUUCGCGUUCAUUGAGUUUGAGACCGAAGAACAAGCACAGAAAGCUGCAGAGAUGCUGAAUAACCCUCCCGAGGAUGCACCCAGGAAGCCAGGCAUCUUCCCCAAAACCAAGAAGAACAAGCCUGUCCCCCUCCCGGGCCCGGAGGACACCCCUCACGAAGAGAAGAAGAAGAAGAAGAGGAAGAAGUCGCGUGGGGCUCGGAAGGAGAGCGUCACUCAGCCGGCGUCUGAGACCAAAGAGCGGGAAGUCGCCGCGGAGUCGGAGCCCUCCGACAGGAAGAGGAAACGCGCGGCGGAGGGCUCGGAGUCCGAGGGCCAGGACGCGCCGAAGGACCCGGCCAAGCGCGAGAAGAAGAGGCGAAGGUCUCGGAGCGUAGAGGGCUCCGGGGCGGACGCUCAGGCCGAGACGCCCUCCAAGAUCAGGAAGAUGAGCGAGGUGGAGGAGGUCCCAAAGGAAAGAGAGGAGGCUGAAAGUCAGGUGAAAGAAAGUUCUGCUGAGGGUGAGAAGGAGAAAGAGGAUGAUGACGAGGAUGGGAAGAAAGAGGACUCUCUGUUGAAAGCCAAGAGGAAGAGAAAGAAGAAGCACAAGGAACGACUCAAGAACGGCGAAGAGGUCAUUCCCCUCCGUGUCCUCUCCAAGAAAGACUGGCUGGACUUGAAGCGGGAGUACGUGACACUGCAGAAACGUAGCAUGGCCACUCUCAAGAAGUCCAUGGUCAGCCAGAAGGGAAACGGGGAAAUGGAGCUUGGCUCUGCCAUGGAGAGCCAACAGGCUGUCGACAUGGGCAAUAAACAGGAAAAAGAGUGUGAAAAAGAGGCGUCCCUCGGCCCCCAGUUUGAGAGUGGAGUCAUUGUGAAGGUCAUGCAGAGCCAACCACUGCCAGGAAGGAAGUGCAUCAAGGAUGCCCUGUCGGAGGUUUCUGCUGUCGUGUACGUUGACAUUCUGGAGGGGGACGCGGAGGGGCAUGUCCGUUUCAAAACCCCCGAAGAUGCCAAGGCAGUGAUCACAGCUCGCUCAGAAAUCCAGAGGAAGCACAACUGGAAACUGGAGAUCCUCUCUGGUGAUAAUGAGCAAAGAUACUGGCAGAAGAUUUUGGUGGACCGGCAGGCUAAACUUAAUCGUCCUAGGGACAAAAAAAGAGGCACGGAAAAGCUCAUUGCGAAGGCAGAGAAAAUAAUCACAGCCCGAGCUAAGGAGGCCAGCAAGCACAUCCGCUUCCUGGAAGACUGAACUGCCUGAACGUCGUCGUCAUCUCCAGCUGGUGACUCCCGCACCUGUGGGCAGUGCAGUUUGUCCCCAGCCUCAUUCGUUUCUGUUUUUCUGUUUUAUUUCUGUUUUAUGACAAUCUCGUACAAUGUGACUGGGGCCUAGUGUGGCGUGGUUUCGUGGAUAUGUUUGCUUUUAAGUUGACAUGACUCGUCUUGAGUCGGGUGUAUUUUUAUUUUGCCCUUUGUGAAGCGAGUGAUGCAGAUCCGUUAUGUGCCGUUUGCUUUGUUUCCAGUUUAGUAUUAAACAGUCGUACAGGUGUGAUCUGCAGGAUGUUAUUAUAUAUUGAUAGAAUCUAAUUUUGUACAUUGGUGCAACGGGUACACCAUGGUCGGAAAAUUGUAACCAGUAUAUUACGGUCAGAUUGUACCUUAAAGUAUUUUGUGAAAUGAUGCACACUAAUUCACAUUGGACAGGAUUCAGCUGAAUUCAGGUUUUUAUGAGUUGAGUUUUAUUGAACCACUUGUGUUUCAUUUGAAUUUUUUCUCCAUUUCUGAUUUAAAUCUUGGGAAAAGAAGACAAGAUCAACAAAAUGUAUGAAGACGUGUGUAUAUAAUGUAAAUAUGGUAACUUUUUUUAUUACUGUUAUUUUUCUGGCCCCUUUUACAGAGUACAUGAAUUCCAUUAUUUUUCGAUUAAUAAAAAGUUGUACUGAG